GCACCAUCAUCUGGACACAGCCCGCUAACUACAAGUCAGCCUGCAUCAUCGAUGUCACCUUCUUCCCCUUUGACCUGCAGAACUGCUCCAUGAAGUUUGGCUCCUGGACCUAUGAUGGCUCACAGGUUGACAUCCUCCUGGAGGACUUCCAUGUAGAUAAGAGGGACUACUUUGACAAUGGUGAAUGGGAGAUAGUGAAAGCGACAGGCAGCCGUGGUCUGAGGAUGGACGGUCCCUGCCACUUCCCCUUCAUCACCUACUCCUUCAUCAUCCGUAGACUGCCGCUCUUCUACACCCUCUUCCUCAUUAUCCCCUGUAUCGGCCUUUCCUUCCUCACCAUCCUGGUCUUCUACCUGCCCUCCAACGGCGGGGAGAAGAUCUCCCUGUGCACCUCUGUGCUGGUGUCCCUCACCGUCUUCCUCCUCGUGAUCGAGGAGAUAAUUCCGUCCUCCUCCAAGGUCAUCCCUCUUAUCGGGGAGUACCUGGUGUUCACCAUGAUCUUUGUCACGCUCUCAAUUGUCAUCACCGUCUUCGCUAUCAACAUCCACCACCGCUCCUCAUCCACGCACCAAGGCAUGGCGCCAUGGGUGCGCCGUAUCUUCCUGCACAGGCUGCCUAAGCUGCUGUGUAUGCGCAGCCACGUGGACCGCUAUGCUACCCCAGGCGGGGCCAGGGAAGGACUGACAGGGAGAGAGUGGGCAAGACUGGCAAGAAGAGAAGGGGUAGUAGGGGCCAUUAUGAAGGGUUCUUCACCAGAGUCCACCUCUCAUCUCUCCUCUAGGAAUAACCUGCAGGCUGCUUUGGACUCUAUCCGCUACAUCACCAUGCAUGUGGUCAAGGAGAACGAGGUCAGAGAGGUGGUGCAGGACUGGAAGUUUGUGGCUCAAGUUCUGGAUCGUGUGUUCCUGUGGACCUUCCUCCUGGUCUCAGUACUGGGCUCUGCUCUGCUCUUCAUCCCUGUCAUCUACAAAUGGGCAAACAUCAUCGUCCCCAACCAUGCAGGCGGCAGCGGAUAAGACUAAACUGAGACUAAGUGCGCUGAGCACAAUAAUUUCAGAGACACUACAGUCAGUGCAGAUAAAGAGACACUUACUCACGUGGGUGUGGGAGACCAGUUAUAAUUGCAAUGGAUUCUAGUUCCAUCAUGAUUUUUGAUUUGUGUAAAUUAAUGAGCGAUUGUCUCUAUCUGUUUAUAGAUUAAAUUAACAAUCAAUUGUUUUAUAUUCUGAAAGGAGGAUACCUCCCUAUAGGCAUAUCUCACAAAGUAAAGUAUAACAA